AAACACAAGAAAAAGUAAAAUCAAUUGUACAACUGGUCUUGAGAUCGUCUAAAGAUUAAGUGAAAAAACAAUGUCUCAAUUGAAAAAUGGAUCUUCACAAUGCUUAUGGACAAGUAUUUGCAUUGUGUUAAUAGUAAUGUCGAUGGCUCGUGAAGCUGUCUCUACAAAUUAUGGAGAAGCUCUCAGAAACAGUCUUUUGUAUUUCGAAGCUCAACGUUCUGGAAAAUUGCCUUUGAACCAAAGAGUUACUUGGAGAGGAGAUUCUGCUCUUAGAGACGGUUCUGAUGCUCAUAUUGAUCUCACCGGAGGGUACUAUGAUGCCGGAGACAACAUGAAGUUUGGAUUUCCGUUGGCGUUCACGACAACAAUGCUAGCUUGGAGCAAUAUAGAGAUGGCAUCACAGCUUAGGGCCCACCACGAGAAGGGAAACUCUCUCAGGGCUCUCAAGUGGGCCACCGAUUAUCUCAUUAAAGCUCAUCCUGAGCCCAAUAUCCUGUACGGACAAGUGGGUGAGGGAAACUCGGACCACAAAUGCUGGAUGAGACCUGAGGAUAUGACCACUCCGCGUCCUUCAUUUCGCAUCGAUGCUCAACAUCCAGGUUCUGACCUAGCAGGUGAGACAGCUGCAGCAAUGGCUGCAGCGUCUAUCGCCUUUGCACCAUCUGAUAAAGCCUAUGCCAACAUACUCAUUGGUCAUGCAAAAGAUUUAUUUGCAUUCGCUAAGGGUCACCCUGGCGUUUACCAAAAGUCCAUUCCUAACGCGGGUGGCUUCUACGCGAGCAGUGGAUACGAAGAUGAGUUGCUGUGGGCUGCAGCUUGGCUCCACCGUGCCACCAACGACCAGAUUUAUCUUGAUUACCUAACACAAGCAGAAACAGGAGGUCCAAGGACUGUUUUUGCCUGGGAUGAUAAGUUCGUGGGUGCACAAGUUUUGGUCGCCAAGCUUGCACUUGAAGGGAAAGUAGAGAGCAGUGAAGAGAUCACAGAGUACAAGAGUAUGGCGGAGCACUUUAUCUGCAACUGUGCUCAAAAAGGUGACAACAACGUUAAGAAAACCCCUGGCGGUUUGCUCUACUUCUUGCCGUGGAACAACCUCCAAUACACCACAGCCGCUACUUUCGUCCUCUCAGCAUAUUCUAAAUAUCUUGAAGCCGCAAAAGCCUCCAUCAACUGUCCCGAUGGUGCUCUUCAAGCUUCUGAUCUUCUCCACCUCGCUCGUUCCCAGGUUGACUAUAUACUUGGGUCGAACCCCAAGAACAUGAGCUACAUGGUUGGAGUUGGGACCAAUUAUCCCAAAAAACCACACCAUAGAGCAGCCUCCAUAGUAUCGAUACACAAGGACAAAACACCAGUGACUUGUAGUGGAGGGUUCAAUGCAUGGUUUAACAAUCCUGCACCAAACCCUAACGUUUUAGCGGGAGCAGUUGUCGGAGGACCCGACGAUAAAGAUGUUUAUGGAGAUGAGAGGACUAAUUUCCAGCAAGCUGAGCCUGCGACGGUCACUGCUGCUCCGCUUGUUGGUGUCUUGGCCCUCGUUGCUUAAUUUUGUCUCUCCUUGUUUUGCAAAUUUGAGUAUACUGCUUUAGGCCUUGUUAUCUUAUAUAAGUCCUAGGCUGUUCAUUGAUCUAGGUCUAAAUGUAAUUUGGCUUGGAAAUUAAAUAUAAUUGAUAGUU